AUGUUCUGGGAUGACAUUAUUAAAGGUGUUGGUCAAGAAUUUGAUAACGUGAAGGAUUUCCGAGCUCAGUUGUGCAAGUAUUCCAUCGCGAAAGGAUUUGCGUACCGGUUCAUAAAAAAUGAAACCACCAGAGUCACUGUGAAGUGUGUUGGGGAUGGCUGCACCUGGAGAUUGCAUGCAUCCGAGUCAUCUCGUAGCAAGAAGUUUGUUAUCAAGAAAAUGACUGAUGUGCACACAUGUGGAGGAGAAGGUGGAGAGGGUCAGCGGCGAGCAACAAGGCAGUGGCUGACUACCAUCAUUAAGGAGAAACUGCGUGUGAACGCAUCACUCAAGCCGAAGGACCUUGUCAAAGAAAUAUAUGAAGAAUAUGGAGUUCUGCUGACCUAUUCACAGGUUUGGCGAGGUAGAGAAGUGGCACAGAAGGAGAUGUUUCAUGUUAUGAGGGAGACAUUUGGCCAUUUGCCCUGGUACCGUGACAGACUUUUUCAGACUAACCCAGGGAGCUCACUUGAAUUGUCUCAGACAGUGGAUACACGCCGUGUUUUUAUCGCAUUCCAUGCUUCUUUGCACGGAUUUGCAAAUGGGUGCAGGCCCCUCCUUUUUCUUGACAAGGUUCCGCUCAAGGCGACAAAUGAGUACAAGUUGCUGGUUGCGGCUGCAGUUGAUGCAGAUGAUGGUGUCUUUCCAGUGGCAUUUAAUGUGGUUGAAGAUGAAAGUUAUGACAGCUGGGUUUGGUUCUUGAUGCAGCUGAGGAUUGCUCUCCAAUAUCACAGCUACCCAUUCAAUGCUAUGACAUUCUUGUCCAAUGGACAAAAGGGUCUGGAUGCUGCUGUUCCACAUGUGUUUGAAGAUAGCCACCAUGCCUUCUGUUUACAUCAUAUCAUGGAGGAAUUCAGAGGAGAACUGAGGAAGGGACCAUGGUCGCAACAGAUAAGAGAUGCGAUGGUCGAGGAUUUUACUCGUGCGGCCGAAGCAUGCAGCAUUGAUGAGUUUAAUGCAUCAAUUGAGAGCAUAAGGAAUAUAUCCACUGAAGCUGCCGACUGGAUCAUUGCGAGUAAGCCAGAGCAUUGGUCAGAUGCUGUCUUCACAGGCUGCCGGUAUGACCAUUUCUCAUCAAACAUUGUUGAUGCAUUUAAUAACUGGAUACCAACAAAGAAGGAGGGGUCCAUGGUGCUGAUGAUAGACUCUCUGAGAAUAAAAAUAGCGGAGAUAAUGGAAGCAAGGCGUGAGGCCUGCAAGUCAUGGGAAGGGCCUUUAACACCUUCCAUGGAUUUCAAAGCGCAGGGUGAGAUGUCGAAGGCUAGUAAGCUGACCGUGCUGUGCUCUUCCGAGACUGUGUUUGAAGUGCGGGGCAGCGGUAUUUUUGUUGUUAAUCUUGCAAAUUGGGAAUGCACAUGUCGGAGGUGGCAACUUUCUGGCCUCCCUUGUAUGCAUGCUGUUGCUGUGUUUAGCAGGAUUGGACGAUCUUUCUACGACUACUGUUCCAAGUUUUUUAAAAUAGAGAGCUACCAUAUGGCAUACUCAGGAACAAUCCUCCCAAUUCCUGACAUGGAUACCUUUGAUUUUAGUGCUGGGGCAACGAUCCCACCUCCCAAGCCACGCACAUCAGAUAAACCGAGAAGAAAGAGGUUUAAUCCCAACAAGGUAACCACUCUUAUACGGCUCUGUAGCAGGUGCAAGCAGGCAGGCCACAACAAGGCAACAUGUGAAGCCCUUCUGUAG